AUGGCCAUGAUAUCUUCAGCCAUCGGGGUCGGUAGCAUCCCAAUCCCGUCACAAGGCCCACCAGCAUCUCAGCCCACCCGCUUCGAGGUCUCCUGCCCUAGGGUCGCCGCCGACUUUGUCCCGGUGUCAGUCUUGGUCGUUCCCGUCUCCGUUGCCGUCUUUUCGACAGCCUGCUCCGCCACAGUUUGCGAUUUGGUGAUGGCCAUUAUUCUUCGCUGUCCGCCCUCGGUUUAG